GUUUCCAUGGAGGACAGCACGAUCAGGGCCAAAUUCGAAACACUGCAGGAUCAGAUCCGCUCGUGGGCUAGGAAGUACAGUGCCUCCGCUCUUGCCGAUCUAGACCAAAUCCCACGCAAAAGCAAGACCACAAUUCUGCAACUUCUAGGAACGACGUGUGCCACUUCUGACUGGGAUAUACUUAUUGAGAGAUUGGCGUUUCCUCAGAACAGAAUUCCGGCACUCCUGAUGUAAGCGCUGCUAGCGAAGCGUAUAAUGAUCGAAAUGUUCAAGAACCCUUUUUUCGCAUUCGUCGGAUCAAGCAAUACCUGGCCCAGUGCUGCGCAACUAGGUCAUAUGUACGCCAAACUGAAUCAUUUUAGUCGCACAAUGGUUGCGCAGUUUUUGAACUUUGAAGGCGGGCACAUUCUACGCUCAAUUGAGGAUGAAGACGAAGAGCGCAGGCGCUUCAAGGACCUCAAAACUGUGGAUCGAAUGGCUGGCGACCUGGCAUUGCCACUGUGGACAACCCGAACAGACCUGCGUUGCCUCACCCUAAAACAGCUUCCAACGUUCCAGAGUUCAAACGGCCUGAUGUGCGCACACCGACUACACCAAUUAGAUGAGUAUGACCAACGGCUGGAUGGCAAGAACGUCAUACUAUGUGUUCAACCGGCCAUCGUGGCAUAUGGAAAUGAGAAUGGAGAACACUACGGUCAAUCCAAGGUGUAAGCUAAGUCUGUUAUGUUGGUGGAGCAAGGCAGAGAAGACGAUGGAGAGCUGUAGCUGAAGACAGAAUGUUGUAGAACUGUGUUCCUAUCUACUCUAUGGUACAAGAAUUGAAGUGCCACGAGCACAUCAGAAAAGGGAGAACAAGCAGGGCCUCGUAAAACACGUCCAUUCCACUCGCGAUGGGGGAUGUAUAUAAGCGCAAUUGUAUGUAUGUUCAUCAAAACAAUGAGGGGCAUGAAUCAAUAAUGGUGGGGCAAAUCUCGCUGGCCAUCCGAGUAUACAAUGGUGUUGAAGAAGCGAGUGACCUAAAAACAAUUUCCCAAAUAGCCAGGGCAUUCAUCACAUCGUUCCGGUUCAAAAGGGUGUGUGGGUCGUCUAUCACAUAACCAAUAGCAGAGAAAAGUAAAACAAAGCAUUUUCUCCUUCAGAAAGAGGGGUUGGGUUGCGAAAAGCGCCAGACUUGCCAUAAACUCGGGGCAAGCUGGGCC